UGUGUGGAAGAUGACGUCACCGCGCGCGCGACGUCUUCGUCGUCAUCAUCCGCGUGCGAGGCACCACGUGGAGCCGUAGUGGUGGUGGUGGUCGCCGCUGUUGUUGCUGUCAGAGACCGCAUCGCGUUCGAGGUACGGGAGGAGUCGCGCGUGGGGGUGGCGCUGAGACAAACAUUGACACCCCACAGCUUUUAACAGACUGUUGGGGCAAGCGCUGUUCGCGAGAAGAAGGCCGGCACGGUACACGAAGUGCGUGGGGGGUUGGUGGACACAACUACGACAACAACAACAGCGGCCCCAGUGGCAAUGUUUAUGCGCGGAUCACCGGCGCGCUCGUUUUGAGGCCGAGUCGGCCUAGGCGAAGGCGCCGGACCGGUUCGAGGGACGGGGUCUGCGCCGCGAUGAGGAACCUGCGGCUGGCGCUGAGCUCGCACGCGCGGCCCCACCGCGCGCUGGCGGCGGCGCACUGCGUGAGCGUCAACACGGACACGGCCGUCGUGUUCGUCGGUUCGGCGCGGGGUCUUGCCGGGCUCGACCCGCACAGCGGAGAGGUUGUCGUGGAUGUGUCGCUGGUGGACGAGGGGUACCUGGCGGGUGACGGGAGCGGCCGCGUGGUGGGGAUUCAGACGCUGCCCGACGCCGACGCGACUUGCGUCGCCACUUCGCAGGGCGACGUCUUGCUCUACAGCGUGACAAGGGCCCAGCUGGAGUGCGUGGGCAGCGUGGACAGCGGCCUCACGGCCAUGAGCUGGAGCCCUGACCAGGACGUGAUGGUGCUGACGACGGGUGCGGACACCAUCAUCGCCAUGACGCGCGACUUCGAUCCGCUCACCGAGGUGCCCAUGCACCAGGAUGAUUUCGGAGAAGCCAAGUUCGUGACGGUCGGCUGGGGGCAGAAGGAGACUCAGUUCCACGGCUCGGAGGGGAAGCAGGCGGCGCACAAGAAGCAGGAGGUUGUGGCGCCGGCGUUCACCUGGGACGAUGGCCGCCCGCGCGUCAGCUGGCGUGGCGACGGGCAGUUCUUCGCCGUGAGCUCCGUGUGCCUCCACACGGGAGCCAGGCGCGUGCGAGUGUGGAGCCGCGAGUGCGUGCUGCAGGCGACCAGCGAGAUACUCGCAGGCCUCGAGCCCGCCCUCGCCUGGAAGCCGUCGGGAAGCCUGAUCGCCAGCUCGCAGCGCAAGCCCGGCCGGCACGACGUGGUGUUCCUGGAGCGGAACGGCCUGGCGCACGGAGAGUUCACGCUGCCCUUCGGCCGCGACGACAUGCAGGUGAGGGAGCUGCUGUGGAACGCGGACUCCACCAUCCUGGCCGUGUGGCUCGAAGAGCUUGCCAAGGAGACAGAGACUCCCGCCGGAGAAAAACGUAGCUUCGUGCAGCUGUGGAUGGUGGGGAACUACCACUGGUACCUGAAGCAGAGCCUGCAGUUGGGUGGCGGCGACGGUGGCGGCGAGGGCGGCGAGCCCCUGGCGGCGUUGUGCUGGGACCCCGAGUGCCCCCAGCGGCUGCACUGCGUGAUGGCGGGCGGCGCCUACGUGGUGCGCGAGUGGUGGCCCGGCAGCGACGCGGGGCGCUGCCUGGACGAGGGCGCUGGCUCCAGCGUGGCCGUGAUCGACGGGGACCGCGUGCUGCUGACGCCGUUCCGCUUGAUGACGGUGCCGCCCCCCAUGGCCGCCUUCCACCUGCAGCUGCCGCUCGCGGCGGAGCGGGCCUCGUUCUGCCCAGAGAGCGGCCGCGCGGACGACGUGGCCGUGCUGCUGUGCGACCGGCGCCGCGUGCUCGUGUACGCCCACGGCGGCGGCGGCGGCGACGGCACAGCGCCAGACCCGACCGUGCGCCUCGGGCUGGCCUGCGGCAACGGCUUCAGGACUCGCGUGGGCCUGCCUUCGCUCGUCAGGACGUACAGGAUUCGGGAGGGCGAUCGUGCGGAAGGAGGAGAGACGGGGGGGUCGUCGCCGUCGAUGCGAGGAUUCCGCGAGUUCACGUGGCUCGGGCGGGAUCGCUUCCUGGCCGUGAGCCAGGGCUCCUCCCUGUGCUGCUCCGUCGUGAUGCUGCUCAGGGGCGCCCCGCGCGAGGAAGGCAGCGAGGAACCCGCCGAGGAGCCGCUCACAGCCGCCGGCUCGGCGCUGGAGCUGCACGGGCGGGUGCUGAGCGUGACGCUCGUCCCUGGCACCGACUCCGCUCUGCUGCAGCUCUCCAACGGGGAGCUCCUGCGCUGCUGCCUCGCCGUUGAGCCGCUGAGCGUGGAGGCGUGGACCGACGAGCGGGGCCGUCCCGUGUCGUUCCCGGCGCCCUGCGUGCACGUGGAGGUGUGCACCAUGGCGGGGCAGGAAGUUGCCCUGGGACUUACUGAGCGGGCAAGGCUGUUCGCCAACGACAUCGAGGUGGCGUCCAACUGCACGUCGUUCUGCGUCCACCCGGAGCUGCUGCUGUUCACCACGCGCCUCCACACGCUGCGCUGCGUGAGCCGCCUCGCUCCCGUCGCAGCCCUGGCCGGGCUACCCUCAGGAGGCGAUCUCCCGGGAGACGAGACGGUGCGGCGCGUGGAGCGGGGCUCGCGCAUCGUCGCCCUCGUCCCCUCCGACUGCAGGCUCGUGCUGCAGAUGCCGCGGGGGAAUCUGGAGACCAUUCAGCCCAGGGCUCUGCUUUUGUCGCAGGUGCGCAAGUGGCUGGACAGCCUGAAGUUCAAGGAAGCUUUCGAGUGCAUGAAAAAGCAGAGGAUAAACCUGAAUCUUCUCUACGAUCACAACCCCAAGGCGUUCAUGGACAACAUUGGGGAAUUUCUGACGCAAGCGCAGUCCGCCGGCAACGUCAACCUGUUCCUCACCGAGCUCAGGGACGAAGACGUCGCGCGGACCAUGUACCCUGUGCCAUACGGCUGGGCGCAACCGCCUGCCACCGCCGCCACCGCCGCCACCGAGCCCUUCGUCGCACGCAGCACAGGCAAAGUGAACGCGGUGUGCGACGGCCUGCGGGCAGCCAUGGAGGCCCUGGAUCCAGACAGGUUUUUUCUGUCCAUUCUAACUGCGCUGGUGAGAAGAAAGGAGCCUGAUGUGGAGACGGCUCUGAUGCGGGUCCGCGACGUGGCCGAGCGAGCAGCGGAGGGGGCGGGCGACGGAGGUGCGGAGGAGGCGGAGAGGAGGGCGCAGGAGGCGCUGGGCUACCUGCUGCUGCUCGUGGACGAGGGCGAGCUGUACGAGUGCGCGCUCGGUACCUACGACUUCCGCCUCGUGCUCAUGGUCGCUCAGCGCUCGCAGAAGGACCCCAAGGAAUACCUGCCCUUCCUGAACGAGCUGAAGAAGAUGGAGACGAACUACCAGCGCUACAGCAUCGACAACCACCUGAAGCGCUACGGCAAGGCCCUGGUGCAUCUGAGCCGAUGCGGGCCGGACCGCUUCCCCGAGCUGCUGAGCCUGGUGCGGAGCCGCGCGCUCUACAGGGAGGCGCUCCGUCUCUUCCCGUGCGGCGGCGAGGAGUACACGGCUCUGAGCGAGGCGUUUGGCCGUCACCUGCUGGAGGAGCGUCGCCAGGGUGCCGAGGCCGGCCUGGUGUUUGCUCGCGCCGCGCUGUGGCAGGCGGCGCUGCCCGCGUUCCGCGAUGCCGGCUGCUGGCGCCAGGCGCUGUGCGCCGCCACGCGCCUCGGCUACCCGGCACUGGAGCUGACGCGGCUCGCGCGCGACAUGGCCGAAAAAUUGGCCGCACAGAGAAAGCACGUGGAAGCUGCCUGUCUCCUGGAGCAGUAUGCAGAGGACCACGAAGAAGCUGUGGUGACGCUCACGGAGGGAGGAGCCUGGGAGGAGGCCAUGCGGCUGAUCCACAAACACAACCGACUGGAUCUGCUUGAGACCAACCUGAAGCCGGCGGUGAAGGAAGCGCACGGCCAGCAGGUGGCCGGCGUGAGGGCACAGGCGGCGCUGUUUGAACGCCACGUGGCGCGGCUCGCCGUAGUUCGGGCCGACAAGGAGCGGGCGCGACUCGACCUCCUGGCUGAUGGAGGAAACGACGAGGGAGCGGAGUGCGAUUUGUACUCGGACGCGAGCAGCGUUGCGAGCAGCGGAGUGCUCGGCUCCAAGUACUCGCAGAGCAACUCCCGCAUCUCCGGGCGGUCGUCCAAGAACCGCAGGAAGGCGGCGCGCAAGCGGCUCAGCCUGCGGGAGGGCAGCCCCAGCGAGGAGCCGGCCCUGCUGGACGCCAUCGGCGACAUCGCUCGCGCAGUCGACGCGAGGACAGCCGAGGUGGGGCCGCUGCUGAGGAUGCUGCUGCUCUUUGAUUGGGAGGCCGAGGGCCAGGAGCUCCAGGCCGAGCUGAGUUCCCUUCUGCUGCGGGUCGAAAGGGCCCUUCCUGAAGUGUGGCCUCCGACGGCCACGUCAGCCGCCCCGGUGUUUGGACCGGACUCAACUGUGAACAGCAUAGCAGCGUCUCUGAGUCAGCCCAAGGAAACGAGUUGGAGCCCUGGUCAGGAAGAUGAAUUUCUCACCGCUCCGCGGCUCAGCAAGAGCACCGAGUGGAAGCUGUGUUCGCUGGACCCGGCGAGCAUUUGACGUGGAGCGACACGUGGAGCGACACGUGGAGCAACAUGCGGAGCGACCCAGCCACCCAUAUCUGCAGUGGAAUCCUCAGUGGUGGUCGCACGAGCAGGAAGCGUGCUUUUUCUGUUUUGGAUUUUUCUCCCGAACGCUAUCCCGAUCGCACCGACGCGCCACGAGACACGGAGUAAUAUCGGAAACUCGCAGAGCAGUGGGCCACCAUCCACAGAAGCGGAUAUCACAGAGCUACAUCUGAGAUCCCCUAACGUGACUCACUCCUUAUUUAUGUAGUGCACUUUGCAUCAGUUAAAGGCCUCUCAGUUCUUUACACGCUGGUGAGUGCACCUUCCCACACUAAUCCUCAAAGCUGGAAUUUAUCCAAAUAUAAGUGUAAAUGUAAUCUUAUGGGUUGUUUACGCAGUCGUUUGCGGGCGGAUUUCCUGGAUUCGAACUUAGGCUCUCGGCAGUGGCCGGCUCGGCACUCCGAGCCAGCCAGCCGGCCGCCUUGUGGGGGAAUCGUUGUGCAGCGCGCCGUCGCUCAGCUGUGUCCAUCGUCGUGUGAAUCACAACGCGAGUGUUGGGAGUUCUGCGAAACGGUGAAGCUCUUGCGUAUGUACGUACGUAUAUGUUGAACUUCUUCUUUCGCCACCGUUCGUAGCCACCCGUGCUGAUCGGAGGUGGCGGGGGGGGGGAAGGACAACAAACUAAAGGACACAAAAAGCAGUUCUAAAGCAAUGAGUUUUCAAUCUAGAUUUAAAAGUGCAUAGCUCCGGUAGCUUCGUCAUAUCGGAAGGAAGAGCUUUCCAGACGGCCGCAGAAGCGCGUCUGAAAGCGCGCAAUGCGGUGACCACCAUCUUUAUUCUAUGGCGAGCCCAAAGCGGUUGUGAAACGUUUCACCCAGUCAGGUUCAUAUCGUUUCUCGUUUUUUUUGUUUUACCGUCUGUCCCGUUUGUACAGUUUCGUUCGCCCCAUUUGCCCGAAUGUCAUAUGCGCGUAUGAUUUGCAUGUAUGUUAUGAACGCAAAUGACUUAUUCUCACAUGCAUGAUUCGAUGCGUGCAUUGCGACCGAAAGAAUCGGUUUUGCUUGCGUGAAUCGAAGCGUCGUGACGUGCCUACUCGUAAUGUAUUUUAAAAGAGUUCGAUCGAUGUCUCCGGCCAAAUCGCUGGACUCUUUAGCAAGAUUUGAGCCCGGCGAGUUUGUGCAUGGGCAACCACCACAGGGCUUGCCAGGUGUUGUAGGCAUGCAGUUGUGAUAUUUGGCCAGAAGAUUGAACAUCACCCACUCAUGUUUUCGCUGGGUACUCCCGAAUGCUUCCCACAAACCAAACACUCUAAACUAAACUGAUUUAUUUUACCAAGUAAGGCCCACUGAUCGAAUCGGCUCUUUUUUGGAGGUGACCUGGCCACACGUGCUAGCUCAUAGAAGUGGCUUAUCAUCAUCAAACGUGGGAAUGUAUUGUAGCCAAAUCAUCUAAACGCAUGCUUCUAAGUGUAGAGGGCACAACCAGAAGACCCUUGAAAAAUCCAUGCGACCAUCACGGAGAGAGAGAGAGAGAUCAUGUGGACUCCAAAUAUUACAACAGGCAUCAUCAGGGUUGGGAUCAAACCCACGACCUCCUGCGUACCAGGUGAGGGACAUAACAUCUCGCCACUGGUGGCGCCCAAUGUAGCAGGACUCUCCUGAAUAUAAGUCUUGAGAGACUGUGAGGAUUUCCUGGGCUAAUACUUGGCAUUACUCUCCUUGAGAUACUGUACCUCAUGAAAUGCAUGAAAAUGCCCCAGCUUGGUAAAAUAUAAAAUCAAUGUACGUUGAAAAAGAGGGCUUAGUUCAUGAUCUGAACACAUUUUUACUGUGUGCACAAAAAAACACAUUGCAGCAACACCAUCAAACAUCACAAUUACAGAAAAUAUCGAUUACACAGUUCACUUUUUACCAAAAUUAAGUGCCGUUAGGGGUUGAGACCAGUGGUGUAGUGGUUAGCGCACUUCGCUGUAAACACGGCGAUCAAAGUUUGAUUGUGGGCCAGGGCUAACACCAGUUGGCGAGUGACGUCUGAACCGGCCCUGGGUCACCGUCUUCACCAGCACACACCGACACGAGCGUGGUGAAGCAUGGUCAAAUAACCCCGAUAUAGAACGGCGUUGGGGGGCCUUGUCCAGUGGUGGAUUGAUAAAGGGCUGAACGUACGCAUAUAUAAGUGCCCCGUCAUUUGUCCUAUUGAUCAGAAACCCAGUGACCGUUAUGUAUGUAAAACUUAAUUCGCGCCGUACGUAACAACACAUUGCAAAUGAAUGAUAACAGAUUGAGGUUAAGUUUUAAUGGCGUUCUAAAAGGGCUAUGAAGCUAAAUGUUGGCACAACCGUUGUUGAGUCUUUGCUUAAGACCGCAACGAAUGUGAAAGCCAACUUUUUGAAUUCUGCCCCCCCCCCCACAAACUCCUGUGGCUUGGAGGUGGAUGGGUUUCACCCCGGAGGGCAGGGCUAGCCUGAAGCUCGCUUGAUGUAUAUCUCGUGCUCAACAAUCGCAAAAACAUGUACAAUUCCCACAAAUCAUUGAUGAGUCGAGUAAUAUGUCUCUCGUGGCUUUUGACGCUGAAGCUGAUAGAAAGUCGGCAAGGUCCAAGUCCGCUAGAUUCCGAGUUAGCUGUUGCAUAUGCUGGAUUGAGCAAUGUGUAGUGUUUAACUCUUGAGUUAAGCUUAUUGCCAAGUGAUUUUAACCGUGGAAGAUGUUGGCAUUCACAUAGAGAGGCUGCAAUCUGUGUACCGUCUCGCUUUCAAUACUGUCUGCCACGGUUACAGGCUCCUUGAAGUUGCCAAUUUAGCUGUGUACGUGCAGUAUAGAGAAUGUAUCUGUCAUCCGUUCUUAUAAAUAAACACAAAUAUCAUUCCCGC